CGGAAAAUGAAAAAGUAAAUACUUUAAUCAGGAGAGAAAGUCAUUACUAUUGAUGAUAGCAUUAAUUCAAAAUAGCCAACACCUAUAAAACCAGUUGUUUAAUAAUUAUCUGCCUAUCAAUUAUUUAUGAAGGAUAAGAAAGAAGAUGGCAAAUUUUCACUUCAAGUUCUUAGUUAAAUGUGGAAAGAAUUACCUCAAGAUUAUAAAGAAUAGUAAUUAAUAUCUAAUAUUCAAGAGAUAUUAAGAAAAAGCUAGAUAAUUGAAAGAAUAAGUUUAAUAAAAUAAAUUAGCAGCUCCAGAAAGUAAAAUUGUGUAUUUAAUUUAUUAUCAGCAUUCUUUCCUUUAUCUAGAUUAAAAACUAUUUUAAAAGAAGAUGAAUAGAAACCAUAAUUUAAACCAGAAGCUUAUCAAUAUAUGUUGAAAGCUAUUGAAGAAUUUGGGGAACUUCUAUUAAACAAAGUAAAGGAUCAAAUUAAACAAGACUAAAGAAAAACAAUAAAAGAAGAUGAUUUGAGUAAUCAUAUCUAAUAAUUCUCGAGUAACUGUAAUCAAAGAGAAUCAAGAAUUACAAUUUCUAAGUUGUUUAGCCAUUCAUCAUUAAAAAAAGAAAGCUAGUCAAACAUAAAAUUAAUAGGGUAAAUCUAAAACUUCAGGAGCUUUAGAUAAAUUUCUAGAAAAUAAUAAUGGUAUAUGA